AAUCCAACCCGGUGCAAGAAUGGUGGCAAGGAGAGUCAUGACCCUCGACCGGUUCGUGCCUGGUGCCCGGUCGCCCAACCAGCCCCCGCCUACUCAGGGUCGGGGUCCAGCGUCCCAGCCUCCUCCCCCUCCGCAGUCCGGACGGGCCCGUAAGAAGCAGAAAGUAACCGAGCAACCUUCCACGGGCCCGGGGGAUGCCGCAGUCCAGACUCCUCCCCGACCAACAGGUGGAAUCGUUAUCCGCGAGCCGCCAACCGAAGCUGGCACGGGGGGCGCGUCCUCCUCCCAAGUGGCUCCAGCGUGGGAGCCAAAGUUCCUUUUGGACGGCAAGCCAUUGCCCUCAACCGCCUCUGUUCGGAUGUGGGAUAAGGGCGAGGGCGGCCGUAUUGCCCAAACUUUGGCUGAAGCUCUCCAACUUCCCGAGGACGUGCACGCUUUUGAUGAUGGGUCCGAGGAGUCUGUGGGGCGCCGGUUAGAGUGGCACGCCAUUGCGGCCGCUCAACUGGCUCACAUUGUGGCUGCCCGGGCACGGGAGCUUGAUGAGGAAAACGAGCGCGAGAAGGGGGCGCGGGAGUCAGCAGUGAAAACGGCUAAGGAAAAGCUGAAGAUUGCUGAGGCUGCUGAGAAGGAGGCUGCUGCUGCGGAGAAGUUCCGGGCAUUGGCCGAAAAAAGGAAUGCAGAGCUCCUGACCAAACAAAAUGAGAUGGAAGUCAAACUAGCCGAAGCCAUCAGCCUUAACACUUCCAAUGCCGAGGAGAUAGCCGAUCUCAGGGCAGGCUUGGCGGCCGCGGAGCAAAAGUGGUAUGACGUUUUGGUUUAA